AUGACAACUCCAGUAGUAAUAGCAGCCACUACUAGACACACAGCAACGUUACACUCAACGCAGGCUUUAAAAUGCCUUCUUGAUGCGACUGGUCCAGAAGAUGAGGAAGGAAUUCGCAAAGCUGCAGAAAUGGUCCACGGUAUGAUUGCUGAAGAAGUAGCUGCUGGUAUUCCAUCAAAACGGAUUGUUCUCGGUGGAUUUAGUCAAGGAGGAGCUUUGGCGCUUUACAGUGCUCUAACUUUUCCUGAACCUCUAGCUGGUAAUGCUGUAGGAAAUAAAAAUAUACCAGUAUUACAAUGUCAUGGUGAUUGUGAUCCUAUUGUUCCUUACAAAUGGGGACAGAUGACAGCGUCGCUUCUUAAACAAUUUAUGUCACAAGUAGAGUUUAAAACGUACAGUGGAAUGAUGCAUUCAUCCUGUGAUCAGGAAAUGCAAGACAUGAAAUCUUUCAUUGAAAAACUCGUAAAACCGUAA